CAGAGCGUCACGUAGCUUGUUUGGCGCCGCCUCCCGCUGCUCAGCCGCGGCCUCUCCCACAAUGCCCUCCAGAAGCCGCCUUAUUGGUGAAUGAGUCGCCUCCCGGAAACGCCCGGUUUAUUCCUCUGCCGUUUCAGUGCCGCUUAUCCCAGUGCAUGUUGGGAGGUGUAGUUCGCUUACUUCCGCCGAUACUGUUAAACAACAGAUCGCCCGAGUAUUUCCCGGAGAGCCGCGUUUCCUGCUGACGCGGAGGCUGAUGGGAGUUGGAGUUUCGACCCCUUUCCCUCUCCUUUGGUAUUCGUGUAUCGUUGCACUCGGAUUCCCAGCGUACCUUGCGGGCUGACGCGCCUCUUCAGGUGCGGAUUCUGGGACUUGUAGUCCUGCUGCUGCCGUCCAGCGAUUGGCCGAGCUAUCUACCGAGCGGAGUGCGGACUCGUAUUCCCAUAUAGCCGCGCGGCGCGGCCUGGAGCCCGGGGGCUGAGUGUGUGUGGCGGCCGCUGGGAGGGAGCCGCUGAGCCCGGCACCAUUCAGCGCUUGUACGCCUCGCUCCUCAGCAUGAGCAGCGCAAACCGGCCCCGGACCGAGGCCUUCGGAGACCAGGUCCAGGCUGGAGCUGCCAAAGGGCCUGUGUCCUCGGGAGCUGCGGGCGGAGGACCUUCAGUACCCGGCGGCUUUAGCGCCAUCAAGACGGGGAGAGACAAUGGAAAAGUGACAACCGUAGUGGCCACCCCUGGCCAGGGGCCGGAUCGCCCCCAAGAAGUUUCUUAUACCGACAUCAAAGUGAUCGGCAACGGCUCGUUCGGCGUGGUGUACCAGGCGCGCCUCGUGGACUGCGGGGAAAUGGUGGCCAUCAAGAAGGUUCUGCAGGACAAGAGGUUUAAGAACCGCGAGCUGCAGAUCAUGCGCCGCCUGGAUCAUUGUAACAUCGUGCGGCUGCGAUAUUUCUUCUACUCGAGCGGAGAGAAGAAGGAUGAGGUUUACCUGAACUUAGUCCUGGAUUUUGUCCCCGAAACGGUUUAUCGCGUCGCCCGGCACUUUGCGAAAGCCAAGUCCACGCUGCCGCCCAUCUACGUGAAGGUCUAUAUGUACCAGCUGUUCCGCAGCUUGGCUUAUAUUCACUCUCAGGGCGUCUGCCACCGAGACAUCAAACCGCAGAACCUGCUGGUGGACCCGGACACCGCCGUGCUCAAACUGUGCGACUUCGGCAGUGCGAAGCAGUUGGUGCGAGGGGAGCCCAACGUGUCCUAUAUCUGUUCCCGUUAUUACCGGGCCCCGGAGCUCAUCUUCGGAGCCACCGACUACACGGCAAACAUUGAUAUCUGGUCAGCGGGAUGCGUCCUCGCCGAGCUCCUUUUGGGGCAACCGAUCUUCCCUGGGGACAGUGGAGUGGACCAGUUAGUGGAGAUUAUAAAGGUUCUAGGAACUCCCACAAGGGAACAAAUACGUGAAAUGAACCCAAACUACACAGAGUUCAAAUUCCCGCAGAUUAAAGCACAUCCUUGGACAAAGGUUUUUAAGCCCCGUACCUCCCCCGAAGCGAUCACCUUGUGCAGUCGGCUUCUGGAAUACACACCGGACACGCGACUCUCCCCGUUACAGGCAUGCGCACACUCCUUCUUCGACGAACUCCGUGACCCCAAUACACGUCUCCCUAGCGGGAGGGAACUGCCCCCCAUCUUCAACUUCAGCUCUGUAGAGCUCUCCAUCCAGCCUUCACUGAACAGCGUCCUCAUCCCCCCACACCUGCAGCAGUCUCACUUACACGGCGAGGGAAGACCUGGACCAGACAGACUCAAAACCAGCGACGUGGCAGAACUCAAUACCUCCUGAGGAUUGCCUCCCCUGCCUCCUCCAACGAUCUUCUUCUUCCGCUGACCCCCCCAUCACUGGGGAGAUGCACUCGGUCGAAG